AAGUGGGGAGGGGGGGUGAAAGGAACCACAGUGACAUGUCUGCUCUAAAUGUUUAUGUUAUGUUCUAAUAAAACUUACGAUGGACGAAAGCGUUGUCAGUAAUUCACAUGACAUUUCAUCAGGAAAUAGCAUUCUGUACGAACUAUUCGUGUAUUCCGAAUGGAAGCUUGACCCAGAAUUACCUAAACGUCUCUCUCAAAGUCAAGAAGGGUUCACCUCUCUCUUGAAAAGUGCCCUUACCCUUCGUGGACGCAAUGUACAAUCUGAGCAGGUGCAAAGAUUACUCACUUGUCAACAGCCAUGGCGAUUGUGUGUUGGGGAUGGUGGCAAAGUUGUUGCUAUUAUACAAGAUUCAUCACUUGAAAUUCGUUCUUCUCGAGAUGCUUAUUCAUCAGUCAUAGCAAAAGCUUCAUUACCUAAAGAUCCCUUUUCACAAUGGAGAAGAUGGUGCUGGUCCCCUGACUGCACUAUGUUAGCGGUGGGGUUCAGCAACGGCACAAUUCGAGUUUAUGACCUGAUGGGCUGCAACCUCUUUUCUAUAUUACCUGAAAAGCAGAAACAAGAACUUACCUUUCCUGAUACUGCCAACUCUUUUGCCACAUGCUUCUUCCUUCAACCUCGCACUUCAUCCCAUAAGUGGUCCAGCGAGUUAGUCACAGUUGAUUACAAUGGUCUGCUGCACAGUUACUUGGUUUCUCCCACCGAAGGGUUCCAAGAAAACCAUUCAUUUUCCUUUGCUUCAGUGUAUCGUAAUGGCAUUACUUCUGUAGCAUACCAUCCUGCACAUUCCUUGCUUUUUGUGGCAGGACCUGUAAUGUGCAAAGGAAGUCUACAAUUGCAGGAAUUUGGAGACAAAGCUGGAAUUACUGCUUGGAGAAUUUUGAAUGACCACCCAUUUUACCAAAUUGUCCAUCACAAUAAAAAUGAAAAUUUAUGUUUUGCAAAUAGCAUGUGGAAAAUACCAUUCAUUGGAUCAAAAAAUCUUCUGAGUUACGUAGUACGGAUGGAAGUUUCACCGUGCGCCACAAGAAUGGCUGCCUUGCAUUCCUGUGGUGAAGUCUCAUUGUGGUCUGUGCCAGGCAUCAGGCUGCAAGGGUUUUGGCCUUUAAUUAACCAACCUGACUGGAAUAUUCAGAACCCUUUGACAGUGGAACUAGAGUCACCGAAUGGAAAGCGUUCUUCAAACAUCCGUCAGUCUUUAUCCAAUGAAUCUUUUUACCCUAUUGAUUUAGAUUGGUGGUCAGAAGAGUCUCUUGUGUUGGUAAGAAACUCAGGGGCCGUUAGUGUGUGUGAAAUUUCCAGCCUCCAAAACUUACUAGGUGAAAGUCCUGAGUUUUUGGCAGGACCAGCACAAGUUAAAAGGUUUCAAAAUGAGAAAGGGUUUCUUGCACUUGAAUGUGAUGUAGAUAUUUUGAGCAAUGGACGUAACUCAAGUGAAGAAGCUUUUGAGGAGGAUUCCUUAGAGGAGUUAAGUGAUGACGAAGCAGAAGAUGAAGCACCAGUCACAGUAGUACAACGUGUUGCCACUGUUCUUAAUGCAGUUGCAUACUUGGUGACAGAUUUAGAGCGUUUCAGACCAAAAAGGAGAAGGCUUAAAUUGUGCAGACGUACUUACAGGCUUCUUGCUCUUCGUAGUACCACACCUGAAGAACUGUACUCUAGAAAGCUUGAUAAUGAAGAAUAUGGAGAGGCUCUAACACUGGCACAUGCAUACAAUUUAGAUUGUGACUUGGUGUACCAAAGACAGUGGCGAAACAACAAAGUGUCCGUUGCUACAAUCAGAGAUUAUCUAUCUAAAGUUUCUAACCAGACAUGGGUACUUAGAGAAUGUCUUGAACGAGUACCUGAAUCACUUCUUGCAGCUCGUGAGUUGCUAGAAUUUGGCCUUAAAGCAACAUCCAAGGAAUCAUUUCGAAACCUGAGUGGAAAACGCAAGGUUAAAGAUGUUGAGGACAUGACUGAUAAUCAGAAGGAGUUUCUUGUGUUCCGGCAUACACUUUUGCGUUAUAAAGAUCGCCUUACAAUGUUUGAGAAAAUCCUUGGUGGAUUGCAGCUUGCUGAUGAACUGUUUGAACACAUGGUGUAUGCAGAUUUUCGAUCAUCUUCGUCAUUACGUGCUUGUGUUCAGUUUGCUAGAGCAUCUAACUGCCAAGCAGUUGAAUGUAUGCUUACUUAUCAAAGUGGUCAAACACUACACCAUUGGCUUCCUAUCCUCAGUAAUUUCCCAGAGACUGUUUGCCCCAUGGAAUACAAAUCUCUGCUUCCUGAACUGUCCCCGGAAGGUGUUGUAUUUCCUUGGCAAAAGUCACAGCUUCGUGAGCCAGACUGGAGUGAAAAAUACCCCUAUGAAAAUGUCAAAGGUCUAGAGCUUGAAACACCUGACAUGGAUAAUAAGUGGCUUUAUGAGCAUGAACCAGGUCUUUCUGCUUUCCGGGUUCCUGUGGAUGAACUGACUCCAAAAAUGAUUCAACAGUGGUAUGUUGAAAGAAUAAGAGCUAUUGAAAGGUCAAGUAGAAUGGUUGACAAUGCUCUUAUAUUACUGCGGCUAGCACAGGAUAAUAAUAUCGAGGGCCUUGUAAAUCUUCAUCAAGAAUUGCAAAUUUUAGACUCUUUAGUUUAUGAACUGUUUUUAGAAGACAUUAGUCUUGCUGACUUGGAAAAGAAGUCGCCCUUAGAGAAAGGAAAAUUGUUAAUGUCAAAAACUUCAGAGGACUCUUUUAUUUCUGACAUGAACACACUUCUUCUUCCCUACCUGGACCGCCUGGACAAAGAGGAGGCAGGGAUGAAGCUCCAUCUUCUCCACAGCUAUCUAGUGUCUAUUUCAAAUGAAAGUUUGUUGUUGCCAUUAAAGUUCUUUGAAGGCCAAGAUGAACUAGCAACUGGGCUUUCGCCAGAUGAGCUAUCAACUAUAGCAGUAGACUGUAUUUACUCCUAUGUGGAUACUAAUGACCUGCACUUGGCUCAGGCAAUUCUGAUCACUAUUCCCGUUCAAAGAGUACUUACGGUAUCACACAUAGAACAACUGGAUUCUUUGGAACUGGAGUUAGCAGCAAGCGUUAUUCUACAACGCAAUGGUACACCCAAAUCUCUUGGCUACAUAAGGGACAAUAAACAUGAUGACCUGACCGUAACUCAACUUCUUAUACGGGUUGCAAGAACUGUAGCCAGUAGUAACCCCUCUGCAUCAGAAGCAGUUUGGAUAUCUUUGCUGAAUGACCUUUUGGAUUUGCAGAAAACUGUUUUUAAUUGUGUGACUUGUAGCACAUGUUAUGAGAUUUUCUGUUCAACUUUGCUCUCAUCUGGAAGCAUGUCAUCAAUUAAGUUGGCUGGAAGUUAUUUAAAUUCAGCUUCACCAACUCGAUCUGAAGUGUCCCAAAUAGCGAAAGAGAAGUGUGUUGAUCUGGUACUCUCUGCUGCACGAGAAUAUAUGGAUUCAGCUGGAACCUUAACUGAUCCAUCCAUGGAACUUGCAAGGGCAUGUUUGUAUCUUCUACCGACAGAAGAUUUAGAUAUUCAAGAAGAAAGGAAUCUCUUAUCAGCAUUCCAACUUCUUCACGAUUUUGGAAUGAGAAUUCUUCCCAUACAAGUUCGCCUGUAUCCUGAUAGAUUGCGACUUGUUGAAGAAUGUCUGAAAAAAAAGUCAGGGGCUCAUCGCAAUUCAAGUAAAUUGUUACAACUAGCUGCACAGUUAAACAUUCAUGCUGACAACCCCAGUGAAAGGCAAGGUCGAGUACUAGUCCUGGUUGCCGAAGCUGCCUUUUCUGCAAGUGAUUUCCGCAGUUGUGCUGAAACAUGUAAUCGGCUUGUUGCCGCAAAUUACACCAAUGGCUGGAGUAUAGCAAGUACUUUAGCAAAAUGUGCGGAGUUCAAGGAUCUCUCAACUAGAGCACAGCUUUUAUCAUUUGCUCUACACCACUGUCCUCCUGAUAUGCUACAAGAGCUUGUGAACAUAAGACGCACCCUUGAAAUGGAGUCCUUGCAACAAGUAGUUAAAAAACAAAUUGUUAUGCACAAUUCAAGUCUAUCCUCACAUUUAGAAGGUCACAAUGUCAAUCCACAACAGUCUGAGUCUGCUGGUUUAGAUUUAAUCCAGUCCUUAUCUACUGUAGAAUCAAGUGUUCAAGAGACAACUCAACGCCUCUUGAGCUGUGUUGGAGAUUCUCAAUUUUGGAAAAAAGCUCUUCGUAUUGGCUGGGAUGAGAGUAUUGAAAAAAACGACUCCAAGACAAGCAAAUCUGCUGAACAUCACAUAUGUCAUGCUUUUUAUUCCUCCCUUUACAAAUCAACAGCUUUCUCUCCUAGUAAGCUUGGGUGCAGUUACGACUGCUUCUCUGCCCCUGAUAUGACACCCCAGCUUCAACUAGAACAAGCCCUUUUAAGAAUAUCCUUAUUAGAGCAAGAAUCUGAAAAAGAGAAUUUACCUAAUGUUUUGACAGAAUGUGCCCUUUCUCUCCUAUCUGAAGACUAUCACCUUGGAAUGGGGUAUCUUCUCUCGUUACCCAAGUCGUUUGCUAAGGAGGCAAGUCACCGGGUUUUUGAAGCAAACAUAUCAACUGUAAACCUACAACUAGCUCAGUAUUAUUCAGCCCUCCAAUGGUACAGCAAUCUUGUUAAAGGUGACAAAGAGAAAAUCAGGAAUGUAUUUCUCUACAACCCAAAAGAGGUGGUUUCUCUUGCCCAAAGAUCAAAUUCUGUGGAUGAUCCAUGGCAAAAUGAAUUACUUACCUGGAGAGCUCAGCUUGGUGACUAUGUGCAAGCUCAAGAUCUUUUAACUUUAGACUGUGGAGUUGACGUUAAUCGAUUUGCCUCUGAUGAUCAAUAUCGCCAUGACUCAAUUCUGGGGCUUGCCAUGAAUGAAGACAGCGAAAGAUUACGCUUUGCUUUGGCACUUGCUACAAGGCAUGGUGUGGACCGUGCUGAAGUCGUUGCAGAGCACGUCUCUAACCUCCUCCUAAGCGGCUUGCCAGAGUCUGAAGUAAAACAUCGCCUCUCUGAUUCUGACUUAAAUAAAAUUAUCCAAGAGGCCCCUGAGGUGGUAAAAGAAAAGUUGGAGACUUCAGUGUUUUCACAUAUAGAUGGAAAGCAAAUUAAUUUACUGGAAUUGUAUUACACCAUACUGAACCAAGUUGCACCUUCGCACCGUAAUGUUCGAUUGCUCCCUAAAGAUCACCUCAAGUUGUUGGGGAAGGUGAAAGCUACAACUGCCUCACUUGAUUACAAAUUACUUAUCUCUGGACCAAAGCAAACUAUCAAAGCAGUGGAGUCAUCUCUAACUGUAGAUAACAUUCCACUUGUAGCCAAACUUCUUAAAGCAAUGCCCUCGAGUCUAGCAAGCCCUAUGACAGCAAGCCAACUCUAUGCAAUCUAUCUGAAGCGUCAACUUCUGGUUUCCAGCAAUGUAUCCAUCAAACCUAUUACUCCUCUCUUGGUUCAUAUCAAAGGGGAGGAUAUCAUCCAAGUUAUUGAGAGUGUUUUGUUUACUGAUUUAAAUCAAAGAAGACCUCUCUCGAAUGAAAGUGCAGAAGAGCUGAUUGCCGCUGCACUCCUUCAUUGUGAAUUUUCAGACUCUGAAAAGACUAUGGAAAAGCUUGCUUGUUGGAAAGAUCACAUCCGCAACUCAAGGUGGUUAACAGAUAAAUGGCCAGACGAAAACUCUUGCAAGGAUUACUAUCUCACCUAUGGAGAAAAAAGUAACCUAAUUAAUUUUCUCCACAAUUCAUUCUUUAAUGAUAAUAAAUCAGUAGAAUUUCUUGUGGACUUAUUAAAAGUCAUAUCAACAUCAUGCAACAUAACUGAGGAUAACUUAAUACUGGACAUAUUUAAAAACUCUAUUGAACAGUUUGAGAGAGGUGCUGAAGAGAGCCUAUCCCAAUUGAUUGCAGCUCUUUCCAGGAUAGAACAAUUGUCUUUCCUUGGGAAAUUAAAUGGAUCCAAAGGUGAUUGGGAACAAAUUCUUCGCCCUUUAGCAAUGCAAGAAAAAUUAUCCCCUGAUCACAGACUUAAAGUCUUCAAUAUUCUUCAGCAAAGUGAUACUGAGACCACCCAAGAACCAACACUUCUUUUGUCACAUACAAAAACUAUUCUUGCCUCGUCGUGGCCUCAGAUAACGGUAGCAAAUGAUGAAAUUCUUGAUGAGGAAAAACGAUCAGAACUUUUUCUCAACCUCAUUCAGAAUUCUGCAUCAUGGCAGCAGAGAGAUGCUCUUAGGAGCAUUUUAGACUUGUGGCCUCCCUUCUCUAGAAAUUGUCAAAACACUUUCAAGAUUUGUUCUGAGCUCUUACUGAACUCUGUGGUUUGUGAUAGUGGGAAGUGGACAGAGCAAAAAGCAUCCUAUAUUGUUGAUAUUUUCAGUAGAUAUCCACUAUCUUACAGUCUUCUUGAACAGUUCCUGUCAGAUGUGCAGAAGAAAUCGGAAGAGCAUUUUGAUAAAAAGGGUGACGAAGAAGAUGAUGAUGACGAUAACGAUGAGGAUGAUGAUGGUGAUACUGAUGCUAGGACUGAUGUGCAAUUGCUGAUUCUUAUCUGCCUACUCAGUGAGGACCCAAAAGCCCAUCGCAGAGCUGUAGCCCUUUCUCAACAGCAAUUGAUGGUGCCUUUUCAAGAAAGAGUGGCAGAACUUGCAAUAGCUCAUGGUCUCACAGCUGAUCUCCUCUCUACACCGGCCUACUCUGAUUUGGUAUCUGGAGUGCUUUUCUCUCAGCCUGCCUCCGCCGAAAAUAUUGUUGAAACCUUAAUUGCAAGGAAGCACAUACCAGAAGCAGGCUCAGUGAUCCUGCGCUCAUUUAAUUCUGUUCCUCGUUUCAUGCGGACAUUCUCCGCUUCCAUCAUAGCUGGCCUAAAGGGCACAAAUUCUGACCCGGUGUCUCCGAGCCACUCGAGAGAUGUUACCACUGAAAAGCCAAUGCAAGUUACCUCUUUGCAGUUGCAGUCCUCUGUGAUGGGCAAAGCUUCUAAGGAUGACAAUGAAUGGGAUGCUUCUGAAAACGAAUGGAGUGAUGUGGAGGAAGGUAAAGUUGAAAACACGGAAGAGCCAUUCAGUGCGCCAGUUGGUGACAGUGUGAAGAGUUGUGUCGACGACUCUGUUAGCAAGCCUUGUGCAAAUACUCUGAAGGCAGACGGUUGGGGAGAUCAAGAUGGUUGGGACAAUUGGUCGGAUGAGGAGGAACUAGAGAAGAUUGAUUCUGAGAAGAAGAGCCGCGAGAAGCACAGCCGAGGUGAAGUCUUACAUCAGCAGAAGCACAUCAGCCCCCCUCUUCUGCCGUCCCCUCAGAGUGCGUUUGCCCGAGUACCUCCCAGAGAGCUGGGUGCGGCCGAUUCACCAGUCCUGCUGCAGGCCAAGGACCCCGAGGACGCGCAACCUUCAGACUGGGAUGAGGACGACUGGGGGGCUGGCUGGGAGACUUGAGUAAUGCAAUGAAUGAGUGUAUGUUAAAUUAUGUUGGUUGGGUAUUUCGUGUCUCAUGACAAUUCAUUUUUGUCAUUCAUGACUGUUGUUUGUACUGUGAUCAUAAUCUAGAUUUCCAUUAUGUAUUGUGCAAGACUUACAGGAAAUUUGGACAUUUUAAGAAAAUAAAUUUUAUAUACUGUAUCUUCUAUUUUGUAAACUGAUGAAUAAUACAAUUGCUACAAGCUCGUA